AUGGAAGAAGCACAAUACGUUGUAUCAAAGCGAAAUACUGAAAUUCGACGUUUUAAUGAGAAGCGUCGUAAGAGGAAAAAUAGAGGAACAGUACGACGAUUGGUUGCCAAUAAAACAAGACAGCUAAAAGGAAUUAAAAGACAACAUUCUAAAUCAGAUCAGACAGUUAUUCAAAAUGUAGUUCACGUGAAAACAUUUCCUGUUGCAGCCAUAUCGAUGGGUUUAUUCAUUGCAAAUGGUGGCAACAUGGGUGGAUCAAGUUGCAGCGUAACGUUUUGCUUUUUUUCCCGUUAUUUGCGUUACGAUUUCUCGUAUAGUUCCGGUGUUCUCUCAUAUAGAGCCGGUUACAGGGUCGCAUUCAAUCAUCUGGAAGCGAUUAAUUUUCAAGGAUAUUAUGUGAAUUUCAAGUUAUCACAACCAGCAGAGCAAGAAUACUGUAACCGAGAAAGUUUUUCGAAUAACAAACGUGUUGUGGUACCGUGUAACGAUUUUGAUAUCACACUGGGACAAUACAAAACGGCUCUUGUUCAUGUUGUUCGCUUGAAUAGGGAUGAAUCAUCUAUAUGGAUUUAUCAUUUGCUUGAUGCAGAUCGACAAUUUUUCAAACCCAUAAUACGACGAGUAAUGCUAAGCGGUAGCAGCACUUCUAGUUAUAGUACUAGUGCUGGAUCUUCGAAGAGUUCAUUAUCAAUGUUUGCUACAAAUCCUGCAACAAUGUCUUUGUAUUCUAAUCAUUCUGAUCCCUAUAAUUUUGUUGCUCCAAAAUGUUUGCCUUCGGUAUCAUCGUAUAUGACACAGUAUGGUAAUCUGGAUAAUGAAAUAGCACCAAUACGUUAUAACGAAACAGCAAACUCCUCCUCGCUUUCCACUUCCUUCACGUCAUACACCGUUGAGCAAUCACAGUCUACUACUGGUUACAAUGGUGGAGAAAAUUCAUGGCAAUCUGAAAUUUUCUUAGCUCCACAAGAACCGAAAACUUCUCUGGAUGUUCAACAGACUGUUACUAUGGAGUCGACAGUAACAAAUAAUGAAAGAUAUGUAUAUGAGUCGACUGAUGGAAUAGAUAACGAUUGUGGAUUGCAAAUAUCAGAAUGUUACAAUGAAGGUAAUGAAGACACCACAGAAGAGAAUCAACAGAAAGAAGACAAUGGUCCAAAUACUAUUAAUUCUAUGUAUGUCCUGUCAGAGCCGGAACAUGCAGAUUCGGAAUAUGUUCCACAAAAAUCUGACUCGCAGUACAUUCUUAGUGAUUUGGAUAUGCUUUUUCAGUAG